CACUCUAGCCCACUACAUGCAUCUCGGGACUCUGGGAAACCAGGGACUGAAAGGGUGUGAAUCUGUGUUUUGCAGACUUAUGGCCAGUCAGGGAACCAUGCGAGGCCAGCGUGUGGUGGAGACCGAGUGCAGAUGCUGGAACCCAGCCGUCUGGCUCCUGGUCUCUCUCCUGGGAUCCCUGGUCUUGGUAGCCGUCAGUGUUCUGCUGCGAUUUGGAGACAUGAAAAUAAGCAGACGGACUUUAUCAACCAAUGGUGUGCAAAGCCCGGUGAGGCUGCAGUAUCCAGUACAACUGGUGAAUGGACGGAACAGGUGUGAGGGCAGAGUGGAGGUGCAAUACAACGGCUCAUGGGGCACGGUGUGCGAUGACGACUGGGACAUGGUGGACGCCAACGUCGUGUGUCGUCAGCUGGGAUGCGGGGUGGCUGUGGCGGUGGCCAGCAGCUCUCAGUUUGGACAAGGCACCGGGCGCAUCAUGUUGGAUAAUGUGGACUGCAGUGGAAGCGAAAUAGAACUUAGCCAGUGCCGUAGCCUGGGCUGGGGCAUCCACAACUGUUACCACUAUGAAGAUGUGGGUGUUACCUGCAGAGAACCAGCCUUGCUGGGGUACAGAGGUUUUGAGGAACGCACCACGCCACCCCAGUCGAUAUCUGGUUUACGAGAUGGCACCAUCCAUCUGGUCAAUGGACGGAACUUGUGCCAGGGCCGAGUUGAGAUCUACUACCAGGGAAACUGGGGGACAGUGUGCGAUGAUGACUGGGUCCUCAAAAAUGCCCAGGUAGUAUGCCAACAGAUUGGCUGUGGUAGUGCCAUCUCUGCACACACCAACUCCUUCUUUGGCUACGGUACCGGCCUCAUUCUUCUGGAUAACGUCAACUGCUACGGCACUGAGCAGGACCUAACUAAAUGCAAGAGCCUGGGCUGGGGCCAACACAACUGUGGUCAUCAUGAGGACGCUGGGGUCACCUGCACCGGGUCCACUACUGUGCCCCCUGUAGCAACAGAAGUCCAGCGAGCACUGUGGGGAACACUGAACACUGAAGCUACGCAAGGAGUUCCAGUCACCAAGCCACCAAGCACAACAACAACCGUUACAACAACAACAACAACAACUACCCAAGCAAGAGGCACAUCAGCCAUCCGUGUGGUGAAUGGCAACAGUAGCUGCCAGGGUCGUGUAGAGAUCCUCUACAAAAACAUUUGGGGGACGGUGUGUGAUGAUGACUGGGACAUGCUCAAUGCCCGAGUAGUGUGCAGGCAGCUUGGCUGUGGCCCGCCUAUUGAAGCCAAGUCCAACGCCUACUUUGGCCACGGUACGGGCCCGAUCCUUCUGGACAAUGUGGAAUGCAGUGGAUCUGAACUAGAGCUGGCCCAGUGUUUUCACCUGGGCUGGGGUCAGCACAACUGUGGCCAUCAUGAGGAUGCUGGAGUUAUUUGUGCAUCUUUUGACCCCAUGCUUUUAAACCUUGCGAGCGCACGUGAAUUCAGAAUAACAGAAAAGACAGCAGCGACCAUCACCACCACACAACCAUCUGAAGGAAUGCUAAGACUGGUGGGGGGCCAGCACCGGUGUGAGGGUCGAGUGGAAAUAUACUUGAAUUCUGGAUGGGGCACAGUGUGUGAUGACGCCUGGGACCUCCCGGAUGCCCAGGUGGUGUGUCGUCAAGUGGGAUGUGGAAUAGCCACAGCGGCACGGGGAGAAGCUUACUUUGGGCCCGGCACGGGAACAAUCCUGCUAGACAACCUCAAGUGCCGCGGCACUGAGACAUCCCUGCAGAGUUGCUCCCAUAUAUCCUGGGAUGUACACAACUGUAACCACUCUGAAGAUGCUGGUGUCACCUGCUCACUAUCAUGAUUUCAGCAGAACCACACUCCCACCUCCCACCAUCAUGGGUUAGGAUGUGGGUGUACUGUCCUAGGACUUGUAUACAUUAUGUAAAUAACAGCUGUCACAUUGGUGGAGUAAUACUCCACCAUCAACAACAUACAAAACAAUUAAUAUGACAUUCUAUGAUUAAAUAGUAUAACUAGAUAAGCCUAUUAAGCACUUUAUAAAUAUAUUAUAUAAAACAAAAUGUACACAUUUGUUUGAUAAACAAAGAAAAGGAAAGCUUUUACCUGUCUGUCUCGCUUUCUUUGUUCAGAUAUUUACUGUACAUGCAAUAUUUCGAUCAAGGAAUAUACUUGAGGAGAUCUGUGGAUCAAAAUAAAAAUUUUUACAGGGCAACCUUUGAUCCACAAUCCACAAAUAUGUAUGAUAAAACAUAUACAAAAUGAUACUGCAUACU